AUGGGGCUGCCGCCGCUCCUCCGCCUGCCGCUGCUGCUGCUCCUGCUCGUCCGGAUGCACCGCGCCGGCCCAGGGGCCAAGCCGUGCGACGACAGGCAGUUCCAGUGCCGGAACGAGCGCUGCAUCCCCGCCGUCUGGAAGUGCGACGAGGACGACGACUGCCUGGACAACAGCGACGAGGAGGACUGCCCCAAGAAGAUUUGCACGGAGACAGACUUCGUCUGCAGGAAUGGCCACUGCAUCCCCAGCCGGUGGAAGUGCGAUGGGGAGGAGGAGUGUCCCGAUGGCUCUGAUGAGUCCGACCCCGCCUGCGCCAAGCAAGUGUGUCCAGCUGAGAAACUGAGCUGCGGCGGAAGCCACAACAAGUGCAUCCCGGCCUCGUGGCGGUGCGACGGCGAGAAGGACUGUGAGAACGGGGUGGACGAGGCCGGCUGCUCGGCCGCCUGCAGCCCCGGCCAGUUCCAGUGCAGCAACCGCAGCUGCAUCGCCAGCGUGUUCGUGUGCGACGGGGACGACGACUGCGGCGACGGCAGCGACGAGCGCAGCUGCCCGGGCCGCACCUGCGGCCCCCGCGAGUUCCGUUGCAACAACAGCGCCUGCAUCCCCGAGCACUGGCUCUGCGACCGCCAGUUUGACUGCGAGGACCAUUCGGACGAGGCGGCCGAGCGCUGCGGGGUCCCGGCGGGCACCCUCGCCCCCGCCACCUGCGCCAGCCACGAGUUCCCCUGCGCCAGCGGCCAGUGCAUCCUCCUCAGCUGGCAGUGCGACGGCGACGAGGACUGCAAGGACAAGUCCGACGAAGUCAACUGCCCGCUGCGGACCUGCCGCCCGGAUGAGUUCCUCUGCGGGGACGGGAGCUGCGUGCCCAGGGCCAAACGCUGCAAUCAGGAGCGCGACUGCCCCGACGCCAGCGACGAGGCCGCCUGCCUGAAGGAGUCUGUGUGCGCCCGGCCCACCGACUUCCAGUGUAGGAGCGGCGAGUGCAUCGACGGCGGCCGAGUGUGCGACACGCACGGGGACUGCCGAGACUGGUCCGACGAGCCCAUGAAAGAGUGCGGAUUGAACGAGUGCUCCCUCAACAACGGAGGCUGUUCCCACAUCUGCAAAGACAUGCGCAUCGGCUACACCUGCGAAUGCCCGCCCGGCUACCAGCUGCUGGACAAGAAGACGUGCGGAGACAUCGACGAGUGUGAGAGCCCGGACGCCUGCAGCCAGAUCUGCAUCAACUACAAGGGGGACUACAAGUGCGAAUGCCACGAGGGCUACGAGAUGGACACCCUGACCAAGACCUGCAAAGCCGUCGGCAAGAGCCCCUCCCUGAUCUUCACCAACCGCCACGAGGUCCGCAAGAUCGACCUGGUGAAGCGGGACCACUCCCGCCUCAUCCCCGUGCUCAAGAACGUGGUGGCCCUGGACGUUCAGGUGGCCACCAACAGAAUCUACUGGUGUGACCUCUUCUACCGCAAGAUGUACAGCGCCUACAUCGAUAAAGCCGGUGACCCUGCAGAGCACGUGGUCUUGAUCGACAGCCAGCUGCACUCCCCCGAGGGCCUGGCCGUGGACUGGAUCCACAAGAACAUCUACUGGACGGACUCCGGCAACAAAACCAUCUCCGUGGCCACGGCCGACGGGAGCAGAAGGAAAACCCUCUUCGGCAGCGGCCUGAGCGAGCCCAGGGCCAUCGCCGUGGACCCGAUCCGGGGGUACAUGUACUGGUCCGACUGGGGAGACGAAGCCAAGAUCGAAAAGUCGGGGCUCAACGGGGCGGACCGGCAGGUGCUGGUGUCGGACAACAUCGCGUGGCCCAACGGCAUCGCCCUGGAUCUGCUGAGCCAGCGUCUCUACUGGGUGGACUCCAAGCUGCACCUGCUGUCCAGCAUCGACUUCAACGGGGGCAACAGGAAAGUCCUCAUUUUCUCGGUGGACUACCUGAGCCACCCGUUUGGGAUAGCGGUGUUCGAGGAUAAGGUGUUCUGGACGGACCUGGAGAACGAGGCCAUCUUCAGCGCCAACCGGCUCAACGGGCUGGGCGUCACCAUCCUGGCCGAAAACCUCAACAACCCGCACGACAUCGUCAUCUUCCAUGAGCUGAAGCAGCCAAAAGCCCCAGAUGCUUGCGAUCUGAGCUCCCAGACGAAUGGGGGCUGUGAGUACCUGUGUCUCCCGGCCCCCCAGGUCUCCAGCGGCUCCCCAAAAUACACCUGCGCGUGUCCCGACGGCCUGUGGCUGGGGCCGGACAGGAAGAGGUGCUACAGAGAUGGGAACGGAGCCGGCAAGUUGGACUCAGCCAUCACGGCCGCCGUCACUGGGGCGGUGGUCCCCGUCGUGGGGAUUGCCCUGCUGUGUCUAGGAGGAUACCUCAUCUGGAGGAACUGGAAGCGGAAGAACACCAAGAGCAUGAACUUCGACAACCCCGUGUACAGGAAGACCACAGAGGACGAGGACGAGGACGAGAUCCACAUCGGGCGAGCUGCCCAGAUUGGACACGUCUAUCCUGCACGGGUGGCAUUAAGCCUGGAAGAUGACGGGCUCCCCUGAGGUCAGACCCCACCUCCAGACCCGUGUGACAAUCGCUGGCGUCGAACGGACUUCGAGCAGCUGGACGGGCACAAGGAUUUCCUUUCAGGGUUAUUCUGGCGGGGGAACACCCUUUUUUUUUUUUAAUCAUUCAUGUCGUGGAAAGGUAACCACAGAGUCGCGAUGAACCGCCGACGCCCAAAGGAUGGGAGAGUUUUGUAGAUAUAAUAUUUUAUACGUGGUUGACCCGGCUGCCACGACGGACAACGGACGAGGCCCGGACCGGCCUUCGAAGGAGGGCCCUGGGCCGGGGGAAAGGCACGUGGAACUCUUCAGAGUCAGUCUGAGGCUUUUGUAAAUAAGGCGGGGGGGCUUUGUGACUAGCCGACCCCUUAAGUUAAAACAAAAGAGAGACAGGCCCCUCUAAUACCUCCCUCCCCACUUUUAAACUAUUUAUUAACAUGUUUCAGAUACCAAAAUGGCUUGUAAAUACAUUAGGGAGGUGAGAUUAUUUAUUUUGAGGUGUGUUGAACUCUCCGGGCUUAGGCUUUUGGGUCUGCACAGCAGAGAGGAGGACACCUUCGGAGAUCAAGAACAGUAAAUAUUCUUUUCGGCGAUGCGGCCGUGUUGGCCGGGCAGAGGCACUUUAAGCCUACGGAGGAGUUGGUGGAAAUCAGGUUCGGAAACCGGAGGCCGGUCGCUGGGGCCUUUCCUCAUUAACUCCUUCCAGGCCUCCUGAUGGUCGGCGAACCCUUCACGCGAGCGGCCUGACGCCUGUCCUCGUACGAGUGACCCGAUAGCUUUCUGAGCUUUCUCCCCCACGGGCCCGGCCCGCGAAAACCCCGGGUGCUCGACUCCCCCCUGGCAAACUGGGGCCCUUGGAGGCUCCUCUGCCUUUCAGGAAAGAGUUAACCGGGGCUUUCCAAGGGCCCAGAAUUCCCAUCAGAGAAUGGCAGGAGUCUUGGAGAAUCCAGCUCAGGAAAUGGUAUCCGGAGGGGGUGACACUGAGUCUCUAACUUGCCCUGGUCCUCUACUGGAGAAAGAAACAAUUCCAUUUAAGAGGAAUGGGUUUUCUCACCCCAGUAUGGCCCGAGCCAGGCAAAGUGAUCAAACUCAGUAUCCUAUUUGAAAGGAAAGAGCCGAGCGGAGCGGGAUUUUGCACCCUGACACGGAUAUCUGUGGGGAUGGGUUUACUGCUUUGUACAUAAGCGACGGGACUCUGAAUUUGUAUAUUUGUAAAGAUACAUUUCUCCACGGAAGCGCUCCGUGCUGCCCGCAGGCCGUGGGGUUUCUUUUCUCUU